AAAGCCCGAGGAUCUCUGUUAGGAAUGAACGCUGAAUAUCAUCUAUUAGAUAAGCUUCGGUGAGAUAUGCACGACGAACAUCUCCCGCUGAGCCACAUUAUCGGGUACGCAGUUGCCCAAUUCGUGGUCAUCGCAUUUCCGAAGAUUUUUUCGAGAGCCUCUCGAACCGCCGGGAGCCGGCUGCAGUGUCACCCUACCUCGCCCUCCCAGAAGGAGGGUCAGUAACACAGGUUAUUCGGCAGUGCGCCGAGCAGAGUGACCAUCAUGAGCUCGCGGACCCCGCAGGAACACACGACUCUUGCUUUUCUUUCUUCGCAAAGCCGCCGGGUCAUCUUCUCGAACGAUCUGGGUCCCAAGGCCACAAGGAUUUCUUCAGUGGCUGACUGAUGCAAAACAACGAGGGCGCUGUGUCCUGGAGAUCCCAUCUUAGGGAUCCUUUCAUUUUUAAAACCCAGGAUAUGUGCGCGCGCGG